AGAAUAAUGAGGUUGGUGUUCGCGACCCCCCCACGCCCACCCCUCUCGACGACAAGAAAAAGAGCUGCAAACCGGUGUAAACAGCUGUUUCUACGCGCCUCCCCCUGCUGAUUUUGAGUGAUUAUUGUGAAUGCUCUGAUUAAUACAUGUAAACAAAUAAUGCUUUGCUUUAAUGACAGUUUACUUUUAGCAGCUAGCUAGCCACCUAGCCUUGUCCAGUGUGCUCCAGACUCUGUGGAUUUUUGAUGCGUUUGUGACUUUUUCUCUCCACCUGACCUGCCGGAACAGCACCCUUUCUGUGUUCCAGGACAGAUUUACAAAUUAAGCUCUGAAUAUAAGACAUGAAAUCUACCAGACUUCACACAUUAAUGUAGAAACCAUUCAUCAAGUCUAAAAUAUGUCAUUUCUUUAUUUCUUCCCAACCAUCUGGCGACCCCCAGAAAUGAUCUUGCGACCCCCCUUGGGGAUCCAAACCCCCAGGUUGAGAACCGCUGACCUAGCGCACCUAUGCCUAAAAAGGACCAUGACAAAAGCAAUACGAAAAUUUGAAAUGUGGUGAUAAAAAUUGGAAAUGUUGGAAAAUUGAGAAUUUUGAUAGAUAAAUGAUUAAAUGUGUGCCAAGAGUAAAAAAAAGAAAUGUCAUGAUUGUCAAGUUUGGGUCCUUUUGGAUCACCAACAAUGCUUUGAUAUCAUUUAAUAAAAAUGAAAAUAAAAGAAUUCUAUAAAAUACCUCAUUUGCAUAUGGAUUCCAUCAGAAUAUUCCACGGUUCUACAGUGACAUCACUUAAAAGAACAUGUUCAUGUAUAAAGGGGGGAAUCCAGUUCCAGUCAGACACACACUGAUCCUACUGAGAGAAACUACUACAUGUUGGUUCUGCCAUUUUUGUGAAUUUAGUUAGCAUUUUUCAGAUAGUCAUGGCUAUUUGCGAGACAUUAAAGGUCUUCCUGCAACGGUGUAAGACGAAUAUGAACUUCAAGGAAGACAGUGAUACACUAGAGAGCCACGAAAAAGAAAGUGGCUCCAGCAGUCAGUCCAGGAUCCUUGACAUUGAGAGAGCUGAAAAGGCUGAGUUGGCUGCACUCAUUCAACGUACAGAGAGGCUGUGUGCUUCCCAGAAAGCCAGCAGUGAUGCUGUUCUGGAGAGAAUGGGACUCUCCAUCCAGCAGGACACCCUCCACUCACCUCAGCCACCAGCUUCUCCCAGAAGGAGCCCUAAAUGCUCUCUUCCAGGGAGAAGGAUCAGGCCCAUCGUAGAGGAGGACAAAAGGAGUCGGAUGGCCACGACUAACCAGACGUUGUUAGAAGAGGACCCUUUCUUUGAGAAGAAGCUGCGUUUGGGCUCUCAGAUAGCGAUACUUGCCUGUAAGAUUGCCAAGCUGAGAGCUGCAAACAGGAGCCCAAGCCCAGACUCUACCCACAGCUCUGUGGACUCACACACUCCCACUGAGCUAAGGGCUAUUUCACACAUCCGCUCUUUCACCCCUAAUCCUCCUCCUCCUCCGUCUCGUAUCCCAGUGAUGAAACUUGGUGGAGCAGGCAAGAAGGCAGCUAAUAGAUGCAAGCUCCAGUCAGCAAAAAAUACAUUUGAGGAAGUUGGGGAGACCUUUGAGACGUUCCAGCUCGACCACCGUCCUUCACGGGUUAGGGUUAGUGAACAACCAGCAGCCCCCAGUAGGACCCUGGCGGUGGCAGCCAAGGUUCCAGCACCGCCAUCCAAAGCUGCCCCGCCCAACAGAAAAGGACCUCGCCGUGGGACAAAACUCCACCCAAAGGCUGUUGCAGCUCAGGAAGACCUCCAGCCUUUCGUCAACCCUGCAGAGAGCCUGUCCCUCUCCUUCACACAGCUGACCUCAGAUGACUGGGAGAAGAAACUGGAUGGACUGAAGACUGUUCGAGCUCUGGUACAACACCAUCCGGCAUUACUGAAGACCAAACUGCAUGAAGUCUGCCUGGUCCUCACAGAAGGGGUGAAUAAUUUGCGCUCUGCUGUGGCCUGUGCUGCAAUGGCCACCAUAGCAAAGGUCCAUGUUCACCUGGGGAGGGCCAUGGACCCUGAGGCAAAGUGGACAGGCCGCGUCCUGCUGCUGAAGUUGGCACAGACAAACAACGUCUUUAUUAAAGAGCAGGCUAACCUUGCCCUGGAUGCGCUGGUGGAGGGCUGCAGCCCUGGUAGAAUAUUGAACGUUCUCCUCGACACAGGGCUGAGGCACCGUUGUGCUGCAGUGAGAGGGAGCACAGCACAGCACCUCCACCAACUGGCGGACAUCAUUGGAGAGAAUCACAUCUUGACAGCAGGGAAGAUCUUCGCUCAGCAUUUCCUUGCUGCUGUCAGUAAGAUGGCGGUGGAUGCUGCACCAGAUGUCAGGCACCAUGGACAGAUGAUGCUCCAGGGACUUGCCCACCAGAAGGAGUUCAUGGUUAUGUGGGAAAGGAUAAUCCCAGCAAAAGACAGAAGUCCCUUACAGAAGAUCUUGAAGAAGAUUAGGUAGUAGAAGCUGAGGCGACGGCGAGACUGGAGGACAUCUGGACAACAUCAGGACAGCAUGAACUUUAGGCUGGCAUGGAGGUGCAGGGGUUAGCUCUGUUACCUCACAUGUAGAAGGUUUUGAGUAAGAACCUGGCAACCAGCUGGUCCUUUCUGUGUGGAGUUUGCAUGUUCUCCCCGUGCCAGUGUGGGUUUCUUCCGGGUGCUCCGGUUUCCUCCCACAGUCCCACAUUUGCAGAUUAGGUUAAUUGGACACUCUAAAUCAGAGGUGCUUAAUCUUUUUUUCAGCCAAGGACAAAUCAAGAGAAAAGGGCUAAAUUGAAGUGCCUUUCAGAUCAUAUUUGAUGUCCUCAGAAUUACUGGCAGCCAAGAGCUGCCAAUUUUUUUGAAAGUUAAAAAGGACUGAAAAUAUAGCAAAAAUAAAUCAGCCUAUACAUGAAAACACAAUCAUCAUCAAUGUUGUGUUUUAAUUAAUUUACACAACAUUGAUGAUGAUAGGCUUACUAUAGGUAAGGUAGCCACCAUGGUAGCCAUCCACAAAUACAGUUAAGCUUAAGGAUUCACUUUGCCUUCCACAUGUAUGUUAACAUUAUACGUGAUGUAUAAAUAACAUAUGAAUAUCCAUCCAACCAUCUCCAUACAUCCAGCCACGUUUAAUAUGCAACUCAAUUGUAUACAAUAUAUGUAGUAGGGUGUCCCUGCUCCAUCUCUCUUUCAGCUAAGAGGUCCUUGGCCUAAAGAAACAUUGACGACCCCUGGUCUAUGGUAUAUUUUACGGUAUUGUUGAUUUUAUCCUUUUGUAUUGUAUUUGUAUUUUAUUCUAUGUUAAUCUGAGAAUGUUUUUUUGUUGGUUAUGUCGUGAAGCAACAGA